AUUAUUUUGUGCUACUCAGCUCUUCUACCAUUGUAUAGAUUAAAUUUAAUGUAAUCUGGUCUGUGCUCUUUUUGUAAUAAUUGAGUUAUUCCACUGUGUUUGGCGUAAAGAAUUUCAAUAUUAAAACACUUGUCGUUCUUGAAAUAACAGGCGACUAACAAAAAAAAAACACCUUCACCGUGAAAUUGUUUUCUUAUCAUUUUUCUUAUCUAUAGAGCCAACUUCUUGCACCACACACGCACCGCAUUCGGUAUGUACAGAAAAAGAAAAAAUUUUAAACAUGAUUAUUCUAACCGAGAAAUAUUACUAAGCUUUUAAACUCCGUCACCGUUAAAAAAUGGACCGAAAACAACCUGACUACAUUCAAAUGAAAAACAUGCUGAAUGCUUACGAAUAUUGUGUUCGAAAUAAUUUGGACGAAUUUACCGCUUUUGACAAGCAAAAUGUCGCACAUUUCCACAAUUUGUGUGAAAGUACAUUGGAAAACACUUGUUCCGUUAUAUUGCAAUUGAAAAGAAAAUUUAACAUUAAACUUCCGAGUACAAUUUGUAAUCAGCUAAAAAUUAUUUUGAAAAAUGGUUUGGAGGUUAAACCUGCUGUAAGAGAUGCAUGCACCAAUACGGAACCGGAAAUGUUUGCAAGUUCGACAGAGGCUAAGAAAAGCGAAGUGGUUAAUAUGGCAUCGUACAAUUUAAAAGACUGUAGAGUAAUUUUAACAAAGUUGGAGAGUGACGCUGUUAAUUCUCAAAUCGUCAAAGUCACAAAUAAACUUGACAAUCGACAAAUAGUAGAAGAUUGCAACGAUAUCGAAAUUUUAUCACCUAUGUUUAAGAGAAUGAGUGCAAUUUGGAAUCGGCUAACAAUUGUUAUGAAAAAUGAUUUGGAAUGUAAACUUGCUGUAAGCAAGAUUUGUACCAAUAAGGAAACGGAAAUAUUUGAAAGUUCAACAGAGGUUGAGAAAACGGAUGUUGUCUAUACCUCACCGUACAAUCUAAAAGACUGCCAAGUAAUUUUAACAAAGUUGAACACUGUUGCUGUUAGUUCUCAAAACGUCAACGUCGACAAUAAAACAGAGAAUUGCAGCGAUAUCAAAAAAAAUAUAUCGUCGCCGUUUAAGAGAACACUUCGUAAGAGGAUAAACCAGAAAAAAGUUGCCCUCGUCCAAAGAAGAUCGAGCCGAAGAAGAAAUUUUUUUCAUUCAGGUUGAUGACAGUAUAUUUUAGCAACGUCAAGUUGUACAAAUAACAGUUGGCUUAUUCAAAACAGGAUGCUGCAACAUUCAUUUUUGAUACUUAUUAAUUUUUUGUUUACGGCAAAUUUUAUUUUUGUUAACUGAGUUAAUUAAAUUUAAAUAUAUUUUUAUAAACAUAUAUAUAUUUUAUAUUUGUUUAAAUUGUUAAUUUAACGCAAAAUAUGGAUCAAAACAAUGAUCAAAAUAA